UACUGAGAAAAAUGUCUUGCUGCAAACUCUUCAUCCUGGUUUGCGUGGUGGCCGCCUUCGGGGGCGGCAAGGGAGACGUGCAGCAGCACGUCUCCCUCAUGGAGGUGUACGGUGCCCUCGUGGAGGGGGGCACUGGGCUCGUGGGGAUGGGUUCCGAGGGGGAACCCAUCACAUUGAUGGACUAUAUGAUGCUGAAUAAUACGACUAUUGAUAUUGAUGACACGGACUUUAGCUCACACAAAAUCCUUAGUGAUGAAAUUGCAUCUAUUCUUGAAACAAAGGAACCGGAGAAUACAACUUCGGUAAAAGACAUUGAUAGCAAAAAUGAAGCAGUUCCAGAAACUAAGGAAGAACAGAACAUAACAUUAGAGAAAGCAAUUGAUAAUAAGAAAGGAAUCAUUGUUGAAACUAAGGAGGAGCACAAAACUGUGGAAAAUCCUGUUGCCGAGAUUAAAACCACUUUUAAAACCAUUGAGCACAGUAACAAAACGGUACAAACACCUGUUGGUGAUAAACACGAGACAGAUAAUGGAGCUAGUAAAGAGCAGGAGAAUAAGAUCUUGGAUAAGAUAGUUGAAAAGAGAAAUGAUUUGGAAACUAAAGAACAGGAAAACAAAAUCUUGCUAACAAUUCCUGUUGCUAAGAACGAAACAUUUCUGGAAACUAAAGAACAAGAAAACAAAACUGUGGAGAAAGCAGUUAGUAUUGAUGAUAAGAACGGAACCAUCGUCGAAACUAAACAGCAAGAAAACAAAACUGUGGAAAAAACCGAUGAUAGAAAUGGAACCAUUGUUGAAACUAAACAGCAAGACAACAAAACUGUAGAAAACCCCACUGGUGGUAUGAACGGAACCCUUCUAGAAACGAAACACCAAGAGAAUAAAACUGAUGAGAAUAAAGCUGAUGAUAGAAACGGGACCAUUGUUGAAGCUAAACAGCAAGAGAACAAAACUGUGGAGAAAAAAGUUGAUGACAAGAACGGAAUAAUUGUUACAGCUAAUCAGCAAGACAACAGAACUGUGGAAAAAGCAGUUAUUGAUAAAAACGUAACCAUUGUAGAAACGAAACAACAAGAAGACAAAACUGUGGAUAAUCCCACUAGUGAUAAGAACAGAACCGUUGUGGAAACGAAACAAGAAGAGAAUAAAACUGUGGAAAAUGAAGUUGGUAAGAACGGAACCAUUGUCCAAACGAAACACCAAGAGAAUAAAACUGUGGAGAAAAAUGAUAAGAACGAAACUAUAGUGGAAACGAAACAGCAACAGAACAAAACUGUGGAAAAUCCUUCUGGUGAUCAAAAUGGAACCAUUCUAGAAACGAAACAAGAGGAGAAUAAAACUGUGGAAAAUGAAGUUGAUAAGAUCGGAACCAUUGUUGAAGCUAAACACCAAGAGAGUAAAACUGUGGAGGAAAAUAUUGAUAAGAACGAAACCGUUGUGGAAACGAAACACCAAGAGGAUAAAACUGUGGAAAACCCCACUGGUGAUAACAACGGAGGAGAUAUUGAGGUUAGCAAAAAGGAAGAUUACAAGACCUUGAUGCUAGGGAUGCACGAUAACAUCAGAAUGAAUAAAACAAUUAGUAAAGAGAUAGAAAACAAAACAUUUGAAAAGGCCGUUGUCAAAAACAACGAAACCGUUGUUGAAACCAUCGACCAAGAAAACGAAACGGUAGGAAGACCCAUUUGUGAUAAAAACAGGACAGAUAUUGAAGUUUGUAAAGACGAAAAGAACAAGACGUUGGAUAAAAUGGUUGAGAACAAAGGAAAGGAUUUGGAAACUAUAGAACAGGAGACCAAAGCGUUGCCACCAAUCCCAGGUGCUAAAAACGAAACUUUUGAAGGAACUAAAAAGCAAGAAAACAAAACGAUAUUUUGGAGAAACGAAACGGAUGCAGAAACUAAAGAAUCACAUGAGGAAAUUGCCUUGCCACCAAUCCCAGGUGCUAAAAAUGAAACUUUUGAGGGAACUGAAGAGCAGGAAAACAAAACGAUAUUUUCAAGGAACGAAACGGAUGCGGAAACUGUAGAACCACGAGAGGAAAUUGCCUUGCCACCAAUCCCAGGUGCUAAAAACGAAACUUUUGAGGGAACUGAAGAGCAGGAAAACAACACGAUAUUAUCAAGGAACGAAACGGAUGCGGAAACUAUAGAACCACGAGAGGAAAUUUUACCACGAGCGAACAUAACUCCAGAGAGCGAAACAGAAACUGACGGAAAUGAAAGCGAAAUUCUACGGAACAAAUCAAUGAAUCUAGAGACCACGAUAGCGGAAAUUGAAACGACCACGAUAGCGAUUGAGGAAAAAACGGAAAGUAUUCAGAAAUUAAAUGAAGAUCUCAAGACAGAAACCAAUGAGAUUGAAAACAAAGCUGUGGGUUUGAAGGAGAUGACUGAGACUCUCCAGAACAAGACAGGAGACCUGCAGGAAGGAACUCAGAGUCUGCAGGCCAAGAUUAAAGCUCUACAGAACAAGAUGGUGGAUUUAGAGAGCAUGAUGGAAAAAUUUUGA